GUCAAUAAUUUAAAUUAAUAAAGAGAGAGAGAGAGAGAGAGAGAGAGAGAGAGAGAGACAUAUUUGACAAAGAGGGAGCAACAAGAAAAGGAGCUCCCAAGUCCCCAUCUUCUCGGUAAUCAAAAGGGAGAAACUCUUCAAUAAUUCCCAUCUCCAUCUUCUCUCUUUCUCUGCUUUUGAAAAAAAUCCCCUUUUUAAUCCUUCCUCUCUGCUCCAACAACCCUUCUGUUUUCUAAUCCCCUUAAUUUUCCGACUAAAUCGGAACUCUUUGGGAGUUAGUUGACCCCUCAACUCGCAUGGCAGCUCUGGACAGCCAUGGAUACUAAGAACCAAGAGGAAGAUCACACCGACAGCAGCGAUUACACGUCGGAGGACGAGGGAAGCGAAGAUUACCGCCGUGGAGGUUACCACGCUGUUCGAAUUGGCGAUACUUUCAAGAAUGCUAGAUAUGUGGUGCAGAGCAAGCUCGGUUGGGGACAUUUCUCCACCGUUUGGCUCGCCUGGGACACCCAAUCCUCUCGAUAUGUAGCUCUCAAAGUACAGAAGAGUGCUCAGCACUACACUGAGGCAGCCAUGGACGAGAUUACAAUCCUGAAACAGAUUGCUGAGGGAGACCCUGAUGAUAAAAAAUGUGUGGUGAAGCUUUUGGAUCAUUUCAAGCAUUCAGGACCUAAUGGGCAGCAUGUUUGUAUGAUUUUUGAGUAUUUGGGGGAUAAUCUGUUGACACUAAUAAAGUAUACUGACUACCGCGGAUUACCAAUUCAUAUGGUUAAGGAGAUAUGUUUUCAUAUAUUGGUUGGCUUAGACUACUUGCAUAAACAGCUUUCUAUUAUACAUACUGAUUUGAAGCCUGAAAAUAUUUUGUUACUGUCGAUGAUUGACCCAUCAAAGGAUCCUAGAAAAUCUGGUAUCCCUCUCAUUCUUCCAACUAACAAGGACAAGGCUACAUUUGAGUCUGGGAUUUCAAAAGAGAUUAAAUUUUCAAAUGGAGAUAUGACUAAACAUCAUAAGAGAAACAUUCGAAGAAAGGCAAAGCAAGCUGCUCAGGGGUGUGUGGAGAAGGAAAUGACUGCAGAGGCUGAGACUAAUCCAGAAACUUCUUGUACUGUUCAAUCAUCUCCAAAUGCAAAGUCAAGUGCAGGUGCAAAUGAGGAAAGACAAUCUAGUUCUUUCAAUACAAACAGGUCAUUGGAUGCUGAUGGAGCAAAGGGCGACGGAGAAGAAAAUCAAGUUGCCAAGAAAGGGAGUCGAUUGAGAAAGAAAAUGUUAUUGGCUUCGGUGGAUCUGAAUUGCAAGUUGGUUGACUUUGGAAAUGCAUGUUGGACAUACAAACAGUUUACAAAUGACAUUCAGACUAGACAAUAUAGGUGCCCAGAAGUUAUCCUUGGAUCCAAGUACUCUACAUCAGCAGAUCUUUGGUCCUUUGCAUGCAUUUGUUUUGAGCUUGCAACUGGUGAUGUACUCUUUGAUCCUCACAGUGGAGACAACUUCGACAGAGAUGAGGACCACUUGGCUUUGAUGAUGGAACUUCUUGGAAUGAUGCCACGCAAGAUUGCUUUCGGAGGUCGCUAUUCUCGAGAUUUCUUCAAUCGAUAUGGAAAUUUGAGGCACAUCCGGAGGUUACGUUUCUGGCCAUUAAACAAAGUUCUCAUGGAGAAGUAUGAUUUCAACGAACAAGAUGCAAAUCAAAUGGCAGAAUUUCUAGUACCAAUUCUUGAUUUUGUUCCAGAAAACCGACCCUCUGCAGGUCAAUGCCUUCUUCAUCCAUGGAUGAAUGCUGGCCCUCGGUUGUUGGAACCAUCCCUGAAUCCCUCGACUUCUGAGGAGAAUAAGAAGGAGAAUGAAGAUGAGGCAAUGGAGGUUAGAAUGAGAAAAAUUGCCAUUACUUCUGAUUCUGAACAAGCUAAUGAUUCCCAGGAGUUCAAGUCCAAAAUCAGCAAAGCCAAUGCCUGAAGUUGGUCUCUGCUUCUCCUCAUCUUUCGUGUGGAUUUAGCAACGGUGGUUGGGAUUUUACUCCAAAAGAGCUGAGUAAAGCAAUGACUUGCUUUAACAGGAGGGAAACGAAGCUCCAGCAACUCCGAGUGAAAAACUUGUGAUUACAAGGAUGAAGACAACGCUUGUGCUGGGAAUGUGGUGAAACAUGAAGUUUAUUUUAAUGAAGCUGAAUGAUGUAGCAGUCUGGCUAGUGUGGAAUCCAGAUGGGUGGUUUUACUGGUUUAAGUAUUCCUAUAGUUCAAAAAUAAUUUACAUUUUACCAUUUAAAGAAAAAAAAAAGAGAGAAAAAGAUAUUCCUUUGUAUUCAGAUGGCCUGGUAUGGCGUCAGCAUGCUUUGCAAUACAAUGUGAUUUAUUGGUUUGUA